UGAAACGUUUGAUGACAUGGUUUAUUCAGUCACGUGGCGGAGUCACGUGGUUACCAGGAAGCUGCGUUUCUGUUUACCUUAUGUCAUCCAAAACACUGCGACGGGCGAGCAUCCUUUUCUACGAGAUGAUCUCCAACACGCUGACAUUAUUUAUGAAAUCAGUCGCUGAUCGAUAUCUGCGCCGGUAAUGUCAUCCUCCAUCUCCCCUGUGUGAUCGUCGACACCACCAUGGCAUCUUCCAGCUACACCUGCAUCCACGACGGAGCCACAGAGAAGGACAGGCUCCUCUCCUCCGUGGCCAACUAUGGAAGCCCUCGUCCCACUGCUCUGGUUGGCUCCGAGGCCCCUCACAAGCAGGAGGAAGAGGUGGAGGAGGAGGAGGCCCUGAGGAGGAAGCUCAAGUACUUCUUCAUGAGCCCUUGCGACAAGUAUCAUGCCAAAGGACGCAAGCCCUUCAAACUGGGCCUGCAGCUGCUCAAAAUCAUCAUCGUGACUGUACAGUUGGUGCUGUUCGGGCUGAGCAACCAGAUGGUGGUGACAUUCAAAGAGGAGAACACGGCCACAUUCAAACACCUUUUCCUGAAGGGUUAUCAGGACGGCGCUCCGCAGGCCGUCCACACACAGGAGGAGCUGUACAGCCGCAUCCACUUCGCUGUGGAGCAGUACAUGGCUUUACCUCAGAUCUCACUGGGGCGGUAUGCAUAUGUGAUGGGGGUCGGCGUAAAAGGAAGUGCCCUCUCCCUCUGCCAGAGGUACUACAGGAGGGGCACCAUCGACCCCGUCAACGACACCUUUGACAUUGAUCCCCGUGUUGACACCGAAUGCAUUGGACUAAAUCCACUGACUUACAGUUUGGCUCCAGGAAACAGUGACUACAAGAAUUUCACUCUCAAGUUUUACAAGCUGAUCAACGUCACUAUUGACUUCCAGCUGAAGGCCAUCAACAUACAGACGAUAAUAAACAAUGAAAUACCUGACUGCUACACUUUUGCUAUCACGAUCGUCAUGGAUAACAGGGCGCACAGUGGCAAAGUUAAGAUCAGUCUGCAGAACCAGGCCUCCAUAAAGGAGUGCAGAGACCCCAACGUGUCUGGACACGCGGAGAGCUACGCCAGGGAGUUUCUUGAUGUGCUGGUGGCGUUCGUUUGCCUGCUGUCCCUGCUGUUGUGCGGCCGCUCCAUCCUUAGAGGCAUCGUCCUGCAACACGAAUACGUUCAGUAUUUCAAACACAGUCUCGGCCGCAGUGUGAGCUGGGGAGAAAGAACGGAGUUCAUUAACGGCUGGUACAUUCUGCUCAUCGUCAGCGACAUGUUCACUAUCAUCGGCAGCUUCAUCAAAAUUGGCAUUGAGUCCAAGAAUUUGUCAUCAUAUGACAUGUGUGGGAUCCUGCUGGGAACAUCCACUCUGCUGGUGUGGGUGGGAGUCAUCCGCUACCUCAGCUUCUUUCAGAAAUACAAUAUCUUGAUUGUGACUCUGAGAGCUGCGUUUCCUAACGUUAUCCGCUUCUGCUGCUGUGCAGCUGCCAUUUACAUGGGAUACUGUUUCUGCGGAUGGAUUGUGCUGGGGCCCUAUCACACCAAGUUCCGCUCCCUGUCCACGGUGUCGGAGUGUCUGUUUUCCCUGAUCAACGGGGACGACAUGUUCGUGACGUUCCACGAGAUGGAGAGGAGCGGCACGCUGGUCUGGAUCUUCAGCCAGGUCUACCUUUACACCUUCAUCUCCCUAUUCAUCUACAUGGUGCUUUCGCUCUUCAUCGCGCUCAUCACCGGAGCCUACGACACCAUCAUGGCUCAAACACAGGAGCAGGUGCGAGUCAGCGAUCUGCACACAUUCAUUUCAGAGUGCACGGACACGCCCUGCUCCGGCAAGUUCCGUGGGCCCGAGGGGUCGUCGUGCUCCUUCCUCUGCUGCUGUGACUGAGGAGGAGGAGGAGGUGGAGGAGGUGGAGGGUGCACAGAGGGAGUAAGCAGUGUAUGUGUGUGUGUACUGUAUAGCACUAUAUUUCCACUCUAGCUGUCCGCACUCCUUUUUCCCCCAAACACCCAGCAGGGACGGUAAAAGCUUUGAACAGACUGACCUUGGACCAUGAUGUCCUCUGUUUGAAUUUUGCAUUUUGAAUUGUACUGACACAGCACAGUCACAAGCCCCAUUACCUGCUUCAUGCUCUUUGUACAGUAUGAAUAAUUUAUUGUCUCUUUCUGACAUGUCAGUUUGUUCGGACUUUAAUGACCAGUAGACGCAUAAUGCCAGUAAACGUAUUCAUCGCUGUAAACUGGACAAUUAAUGGUCGACUAAGUAAGAUGGAUGCGCAUGUUUCCUUGAAUGAUGCUCUUUUUAGUGUCCACAUGGCUACCAAGGUUACAGGAUUUUCUUUUAUUUGCCUCUUUAUUAUGUAAAUACAUGUAUUUCCUCUGACUCGGGAUAGCAAAGGUACAAUGGUCUCGAGACAGAGAGGCAAGCUGGAAAAAAAAGAGGGAUCAUUAACCGCAGCGCAAGCAUUAGCCUUUGUAAUGUUUUCAGUCAAGGCUGUUCCUCCACUCCCCGUUUUCAUUCUUUUACACAAGAGAGGACGAGCCCUGCAGCCAACCAGUUAGUCAUCAAUAUGUAUGAACUGUUUCUGCUGUGACUAAUACGCUGAGAGACAGAGCCUUCUUACUGUUUGGCUGUAGAGUGCUAAGCUGCACAAUAACAUAUUAUAUAGAAAUCCAGGAUGCCGACAACAUCAAUGAGCAGCGCAUUGUGUUAGAAAAUGCGGCCUCAUAGAGGGGCGAAGUCCCAUCCCUUGCGGUGUCCCCCAUGGGACCUUAUUUCGUGAAAAGAAUAUGUAUCAACUGAAAGAGACAAUAUUGUUUAGAGCCCGUUUGAAUUGUGUCAUGAAUUACACAUCUGAUGUUUGUCAAUCAAAAAUAUAAUUUUGCACAUCAAAAAGUUGCAGUUUGUCGUAAAAUUGUCCCAGUAUCGUUUAGUUUUGUGUGAAACCGCUCAGUAAGCUACACGUCUAGUCUCGCACAAUGCGCAUCACCAACACGACUGUUACCAUGGCUAGCUAGCUAACUAGCAAGUUGCUGUAGCUAGCUAAGUAACUUAGCUAUAUUCAGCAGCUUGCUAGCUAAGUUAGCUAUAUCCUUGUACUUAGGAAAUAUUGUCUUUCCUGAUGUGUUUUAGUUUAGAGAGUUGUUGAUAUUUAAAAUAAUGAGUCAGACUUUUUUUUUUUUAGCAACCAGGAAGUAAAAGUAUUAGCGAAACCCAUUGUUGGUGUGAGCACAUCCCGGCACGAAACACACCGACAUCGUAGCUUCAUUGAGAGACGUCACAGUCAAAAUUAUCUUUUAAAAACACACAAACAUCAUAUGUGUAGUUCAUGGCGCAAUUCAAACGGGAUAAAAGAAUGAAUCUUCUCUCGCAGUUGACUACUGUGCAUCAUUUUUACGCAAUAAGUCAAACGGCGAUCCAAUGGCGAUUCAACGGCGAUCCAGCGGCAAUCCAACGGCGAUACAGUGGCUGGACUUGGCCUCUCUAAAGUCUGUUUCAAUGCAACUGUUUGCAGAAAACUGGCAGCCAUUUGAAAUGGUUCACUGUGAAAUUGUCUAUAAAGAAGGAGAGCAGCAACUACAUAAAUAGUGGAGCUGAGAAAAGAAGGUUUGAGGUUUCAAGGCUCGUAUAUAACCUUUUUUAUAAUGCUGAUUUUAUGCUGAUUAUUAGUCAUUGUCACAGUCUUCACCUAAAACACCUUUCGAUAUGGCACAGGGAAAACGCAUCUAUAAGCAAAAUAUGUUAUAUACAGUAUAUUUUUGAUUCUUCUUCAGCUGUCUUGUCCAUUAAAACCGAUGAGCCAGUUUAAUAUAUCAACUAAAAUACCUGUAAAUACAUAAUUAAGAUAGGUAUUUCAUAAGAAAUAAAAAAUUCAGAUGCCUGUUUUACAUAAAUUUUGACCAAAUAUGUGACUGUGUUUUAGCUUUGUAGGGUAGCAUGUAGGCAGCUUGGAGAGUUGCUAAUAUUUUAUAUAAUGUGUCAGUCUCGGACACUGAAAGGGCACUGACAUUGAAGACGUGUUUUUUUAAAAUUUUAUUUAAGAAGGAAAAAGGGGCAUAUCUACAAACCAGCGGUUCUUCAUUCAACUUUGCAACAAUGCAUAUUCACAAUAUCUUGAAAAAACUUGCUGAGCGAAGGCACAGGAAGGGCACUGCUCAAAGUAAGAGGGAUGUGUUUCAGGACUAAAGGGUACUGUACAUUUUAUUUAUAUUGUUCACUGACAUGCUAACUUAAAUGAAUGAUUAUUGUUUACAAUCACAACAUGUGUUUACUUUUAAUGAAUGUUUAUUGACACACACUUAUUUGCACUUAACGAAAACUGAUGUAAAAGCACUGUGCAAAGCCCUGUGCAUGUAUCGUGCAUCUGUUGGUGUUCUCCUAGUGGUUAGGUUCUUUAAUGCCACAUUGAUUUUAUGGUAACUUUGCAUUUUGCUUUCCUGUCUUUAUAAUUUUUUAAGUGAUUGCUAAAAAGGGAGUUUCUCAUUUUCUGUAAAGGAGGUUUUUACUCUCAUUUGCAUUGAAUCUUUUCUGGGAAGAUGCUGCCUUCUGAAAGAAAUUACCUGUAGAUCAA